UACCGGCCACCGUGGCGGGUAAAUAAAAAUAGCAUACUGUUUCACCCGGACACUUUAGAGGCGGCGCACCUUCAAUAUAAAUGUGGCGUUACAUCGCAGGCGUUAAGAGGUCCGCUGAGAAAACAUCUCAGGAGGAGCCAGUGGACAAAGAGGCGAAAGUCAAAAAACGUUUUUUUAAAGAACGAUGGAGAAAAGCAGACAAUGGGGAGUCCGAUUGGUUAGUUUACGACGAGACAAAUCUGAUAAUGUACUGCUCUGUAUGUCGUCAACACGCUUCAGAAGAAGCCAAAACUAAUAGUUUCAUUGUUGGGACUAAAAACCUAAAACUGGAAGCCAUAAAAGACCACGAAUCGUCCAAAUGCCACAUCCAGGUAAAAAAGAGAGCACAGGGAAAAGCAGCCCCGGAGAAUACGGCUGCCAUGAAGGCACUUACCAGCCUGAAGACGGCCCAGUUGGAUAAGAUGAAAAUACUGUUUAGGAACGCUCACGCAAUCGCGAAAAAAGGAAGGCUAUUUCAAGAUUACGAAUGGCAAUGCAAGUAAGUUUUUGUUUUUUUGUCUAUGAAAUGUUGAAUUGUAGAUUAAAGGCUGAAUAAGGUCAGAAGAAUAUAGCGCCCAUGUAACUAAUGUCGGUAGCUAGGCUAGUUUAUAUGCAUAAAGUAGCCUAUAACGUUAGUGCUAUGGUACGAUAUUUACUUCUAACUGUACUUUUCAUUGUUUAUUUUUCCAUUUUCAUUUUAUAGAUUAGAUGAGAAAAAGGGAAUUAGCACAGGUAACACAUACAUGAAUCGGAAGCAAGCCAGGGUGUUUAUUAAGCACAUAGCUGCAGCUGAGAGGAAGACCCUUCAGUCAAAGAUAGCAGCAGCGAAAUUCCUCUCCAUUAUGUCUGACGGGUCUACUGACACUGCCGUGAUGGAACAGGAAAUGCUGUAUACGCGCUUGUGCAACCGAGGCAAAGUGGACGUCCACUUUGUAGGGAUACAGGAUGUGGAGAAAGCAGACGGUGAGAACAUCGCUCAGGCAAUAGACAACAUGAUGAGGGAGGUCAGUGGAGAAGAGUGGCAGGCCAAGUUGGUGGCAUGUGCAACUGACGGUGCGUCGGUGAUGACAGGGACACGUAAAGGAGUAGUGAGCAGGCUGAGAGGAAGUAACAUGCACGUCCUGGGUAUUCACUGUAUGGCACACCGCCUGGAACUAGCUUUCAAGGAUGCCAUUAAGAGCUGCUCUAUGGCAAAACAGAUUGAAGAUGUGCUGUCAGGACUGCAUACAUUCUAUUGUAAAAGUGCUCUCAACAGGGCAAACCUAAAGCACAGCUUCAAGAUUCUGGGCCAGAAUCCCCUUGUACCAACUAGGGUUGGAGGCACCAGGUGGGUUUCUCACCUCUUCAGGGCCAUUGACCAUUUUUUGAGGGGUUACCAGGGACUUACCCAGCACCUAGACCAGAUUCAGUCACCAGAUGCUGAAGGAGUGAAUGCAGUGCAGAAGAGCAAAGCACGCCACUACUUCCAAACCUGCCGGGAUCCAGCAUUUUUCAUGUUUUGCAACUUCAUGCAUGAUUGCCUGACUCACCUCAGCAGUCUCUCUCUGACUCUUCAAACCUCAGCUAUCACAGUGGCUGAAGUACACAGCUGCCUGACAGCCACCCAAACAGUGCUCACAAAAUACAAAACCAGACCUGGGCCCAAGCUGAAAGCCUGUAUGAAGGAGCACGAGAAUGACGACAGCGUCCUAAACCGUGUCAUGAAGGCCAAGUUUGAGCUGCUCGACAAACUCUGCCAGAGUAUGCAAAUUCGCUUCACCGACAUGACCAUAGGGAUUCUCCAAGCUACAAAGUUAGUGAAUCUGAACAGUUGGCCUGACGCAGAUCGCUCUAAAGAAUUUGGUGAAUCAGAAGUGGAGGAAUUAACUACACACUUCCAGAGCAUCCUGACAUCCUCGGGGGUCGCUGUUGAGCUCAUCCCAGAUCAGUGGACCAUACUCAAGACCAGACUGUAUGAGGCGGGAGAGAGUCUCCACAUGAAGACCUGGCCAGAAAUCAACAGGUCUUUGCAACCGCAGUGCCCCGACAUCCUCAGCCUGGUUGACCUCAUUCUCACCGUACCAGCUUCUACUGCAGACUGUGAAAGAGGCUUCAACCAAAUGAAGUUAGUGAAAAAUGACUGGAGGUCCCGUCUUACAUCAAGAAGCCUCUGUGACCUACUGACUGUCCAGCUAUCCAGUCCCUCUAUUGAGAAUUAUGACCCCACCCCUGCUAUCCAGCUCUGGCAUCAGGCUAGCAUCCGGCCUAGAAGGCCAGAGUUCAUGGAGGAGAAGAACGCUCAGGAAAGCGCCUCUGAAACUUCAGAAUCUGAUUCUGAUGAGCAGGAGUAAAUUGUACUGGGAGUGGGGAGGAUGGGUGGAGGAAUGUUAGUUUUUUGUUUAAUCUGCCCUACUCAUUUAAUGAAAUGUAUAUCAGUUCGUGGUUUGUGUAUGUUUAAGAGAGAAAGUGUCAGUGUUUCAUUGAGAAGAUUAAAUAAACUGCUUAAGUAUUGUAGAUCUUGUAGUAUUAAUUUUCACAUGCAGUUACACAUUGUCGGUUAAAAACAAGAAAGUGGCUGGUAAAAACAUUGAGUGGCUGGUAGAUUUUGAAAUCCACCAGCCACAGUGGCUGGUGGACAAAAAAUUUAAU